AGCACCUCGGGAGUCUGACGAAGGAGUUGUCAUCCAAAGCUGCUGUAGAAGGACCGAGGAUUCCCUAGCACCUUUUGCCUUUCUGUGUCUCUCAGGGCGUGUGUCGGUAUGGCGUGUGGCCGCGUGCUGUGGGCUGCCAUGGUGUUGACGUGGGUGUUCCUGUUGACUGGGAAAGGCUUGACAGUGGCGCUACCUGACCACUUUUACUACGGGAGGCCCACGGUGCACGAGCAAGACCUCCACAGCCCUGACGGAGGAGCAGAAGUAGCGGAACACUCCACUACAAAGCGACCCAGGUCCAAUAAUCAGGAUUUGGGUGACCAGACAAGUUACUACAGCAACAUCGGCGGGCAAGACGGGAGUGGGGUUCCAGAAGCCACGGCAGAACUAUCGUUCCCGUGGUAUGACGUGGCCAGCGCUGCCGCCCUCAGAGAAGAGCCCGCGACCUCCCGAGUGUUGAGACGCCAAGAACGUGGCAACAAAGAUAGUGAUGAAGAUGAUGAUAGCGGUAGUGAUGAUGAUAGUGAUGAUGAUAGUGAUGAUAGUGAUGAUAGUGAUGAUAGUGGUGGUGAUAGCAGUAGUGACAGUAGUUUUGGGAGUGAUGAUGAUGAUGAUGAUUCAGGAGGCGACGACGAUGACGAUGAUAGCAAAGGAGACGAUGAUGAUGAUGAUGACCACGAUGAUGACAACGGUGAUGAUGAUGACGAUGAUGGUGGACACAAUGGCGACGACGGCGAUGAUGACGAUGGUGGUAAUGGUAAUGGUAACGGAGGUAAUAAUGACUACGGGUACUACAACUUCGGCAACAACAAUGAUGACUACUUCGGCUUCCCAGCUCGUCCUCAACGCCCACGGCCGCGCCCACCACCACGUCGCCCUCAGCAGCCCUUCUUCCCUUCAUCACGCCCACGCCCACGCCCACGCCCUCCACAGCGCCCUCACGCCUACAACCCCAACAAUAACUUCAUCCACCAAACUCUGUACAGAGGGAAAUAGGGAAGGGAAGUUGGAUGAAGGAGGAUGAAGAGUGAGAGAAGAGAAGAAUGACAAUUGUGGACAGGAAAUGAAGGGAGGAGGGUAAAGAUGGAGAAAAUGUUAAUCUUUUUUAUCAUCGUUUUGGGUUUAUAUGUCACAGUGUUCCUCAUCAUAAAUUUAGGAAGUUUUUGCAGUGUUUGUAUGUUUGCAUUAAAUGUUCAAUAUUACAGA